UAUGGGUUCUUCCCGACGCGUUGCGCAAUUAGAGUAACACCUAAAUUCGAGUUUGUUUUGCGCAGCGUCUUCAUCAGUUCGUUUUUGGUUAUGUAAAGGUUUAGCCAGGCUCCGAGUCGGAGGAUAUCAUUCACCGAUGGCAAUUGGCAUGAUGAAACGUGUGCGUAGCAAUAAUUCACUAUCCACGUAUCGUCGCAGCCCGCUUUCGACCUCGACAACGACUUGGAACGAUUACAGGGACCUUAGGUGCUGGACCUGCAUACCCUUCGCGAAAUGGAAAAUCCGAUUCCCGAGAGACAUGUCUUUUCACUACAAACCGCGUUUGGUCUGCGCGUCGGGGACGCGUUGCAGGACAAAGUCACAGGAAGAGAAGAUGUCACAAUACAAUGUGCAGCAUUGAAAUACCCAGUCUCCACGAGCGAACGAGGAUUGACUCUAGUACUCACGCACGGAAUGUCUAGUCAUAAGGAGAGUUAUCACCCUAUGGUUGCCCGUCUCCUGCGAUUGAACGUUACUGGAACUCGUGCCGGUUUGAUUAGAGAAAUAUGGUCAGUCGACAUGCCCAACCACGGCGAAAGCGCCGUUUUGAACCGCACCUAUCUCGAAGAUCGGCAGGAGAGGGGGCGGAAAGCGGGUUGGGAUGGGAAAUGCAAUACGAUGGACUUUUCUUCCUAUUUGAAUGCUUUUCUCUCUAUACCGCAGCUCCAAGGUCACCGGGUAGUCGGGAUCGCUCAUUCGGGAAGUUGUGUGCCGUGGACACACGCACUCACGCUCCUUGACCACACCCAUCCACACCCCUUUGCUCUUAUACUCAUCGAACCGGUCUUCAUGUUCCCCGGUAUGCCGCCCACAGAUCCCCGCGCUAUCCACGGCGCCGCCAACGUGCGCGGCGUACUCACCAAACGGGGCAAGUGGUCUAGUCGUGCGGAGGCCAAGCGGUGGCUGUUAGGUAUCAAAGGAGGUGACCCUAAGAGCCGGCAAAGCAAGCAGGGAGGUGUGGAUGUUGGCGGGAGCCUGGAGCGGCCAAAGGGCCUAAGUCAGAGUGAUAAGGGUGCAAGUGUGAAUAGAAAUGCUAAGGGCGCAAGGACUAUAUGGUCGAAAUGGGACGAUCUAGCACUAGAUCUGUUCGUGGAACAUGCACUUGAGGAGGUCCACGAGCCAGCGCAGGCACCACGGAUGUCUACAAGAUCGAGCUCCUACGUACGACCCACACUUCGCAAGGAGGAGGAAUCACCGCUGUAUGCGUGUCUCCAGCAUACAGUUGAACCUGCCGAGCUCACGCGCAUGUGCGUGGCUUUGACUCCGGGUAGUGGUGGAGCUCCCGGCUCCGUUAAUGGCGGCGUGGGCGGCGUACAUGUUAUAUGGGCAGACAUAGAGGAGUUUAUAUCCAAAUCUACUAGAGCCGAGAUCCUCGACGCUAUGCAUUGCGUCCAAUCUCAACGCGUAGUUUCUGGUUCAGGUCACCUUAUACCACAGGAGGAUCCGAGCGGGCUCGCGGAUGCCCUCCGUGAUGUGCUGGUCGGUCAUAUAGCGGUCGCAGCGGGGAUUACCGUACGGGCUCCUCUGUGAGGUGGCGAAGCUGGGUAGAGUGGUUUCGGAGGGGAUGCGGUGGUAGCGGCGGGUGGCGUUCUGUGACGAUAGGAGGAGUAGUAAUGGUGAAUGUACAAUUACGUGUCACUGGAGAAUUUGAGAA